GGCAUCUAAAAUAAAAAAAUAAAAAAACUAUAUAAACGGAACAAAAUUUGAAAGCGUCUUGAGCCGCUGCGCGAAUCUCAGUCUCAAUUCCAAUUGCAAUCGUAAUCGCAAUCGCAGUCCGAAAAUGAAUCGAAAUAUCAAGAUGUGCAAUGGAGAUUGCUGCAUGCUCAAGACGGCAUUGCAGAUACGUCGAAUGAAGCUGCUGAUUGAGAAGCAGCUGCAGAAGGAAGCGAAUGCCAAGCCCAAGAACAUAAUUGUCACGCCUCAAAGUUCCCUCUAUAGCUACGAAGAUGUGCAGAAUAUGGCAAAAUAUAUAAUCAAUAGGGCGGAGAAGAAACCAAAGUACGGAUUGAUUUUCGGCUCGCAUAUGAAUAAGCUGUCCGAUUUGGUCGACAGUCCAACUGUCCUGGAAUAUACGGACAUACCGAAGUUUCCGAUCAGCCCACUGCACGGCACCAAUUGCAAGAUGUUUGUAGGCGAACUGAUGGGCGGCCCAGUAAUUGCAAUCCAAGGACGCCUGCACUAUUACGAUGGCAAUCCGUUCGGCAGCUGUGCGUUGCCUGUGCGCAUGUUGAAGCUAUGUGGCGUCGAGUAUCUGUUUCUUAUCUGCUCUGCGGGUGCAAUCGCUGCGGAUUGCAAGGUGGGCGACGUGGUGGUCAUUAAGGAUCACAUCAAUAUGUUCGGCUGGGGUGGCAACUGUCCAUUGGUGGGGCCGAACGAUGUCCGCUUUGGGUCACACAAUGUCACAAUGACUAAUGCCUACGAUGAGAAGCUGAUCGAUCGGGCAAUGGAGAUAGCUCGUGAAAUCGGGCAAGAUGAUCGAGUCAAGUGCGGCGUCUAUGCCUGCGUGGGUGGACCAGCCCUUGAGACACCGGCCGAACAUCGCUUCUUGCGCAAAAUUGGAGCUGAUGUUAUUGGCAUGUCCAUUGCGCCAGAGGUAACUGUCGCCAGACACUGCGGCCUUAAAGUAUUGAGCCUCACUGUGAUCACUGUGCCCAGCAUUGAUGUAGCCGCACCUCCGCAAAACGACUAUGCGUCGCUACUGAGCGAGGGAAGACAUAUUUCGAGCGAACUCGUUUCGCGCAUCAUUUAUAAAAUACAAAAUAAUUUGUAAAUUAAAUACAAAACCAGAAAUGUAAAUAAAACAGACUACCUUAGUCAAACAAUGCGUAUACGUAGCUCACGCAUUUGCC